AAACAUACAUUUUACGUCUGUUCCUAAGAACACUCCACACCACAAGCAGAAGAAAAGUUUUACAAAUAUUCACUUUUUUUCAGGCUAUCGGACAGUUUAAAGACCUGGUUCGGAUGCCCUGUGUGGCGUAUAAUUUAUCAGUCAUUAAGCUCAUGAGGUGAAACAAGGGAGCAUGGCUGCGGUGCUACUGUCAGAGACGGAGAUCAGGCAUCGGUCUAUGGCAGAGGAGGAUCCGAACGGAAAUGAACAUGGAGCGGCUGCGCGCAGCACCGCGCCUCGCUGGGGCCCGCAGCACGCCGGUGCCCGACAGCUCGCCCAGCUUUACUCUCCUGGAAAGCGGCUGCAGGAGUGGAUGUGUGUGAUUCUCUGCCUCUCGCUCUUUGUUAUAAACCUCUCCUUCCUCUUCCUCAACUUUUCCACAGUGCACAUCUACAAAAUCAUUUUUGGCAUUGUGACUGGUAUUGUGACCGCAGACUUUGCCUCUGGGAUCGUACAUUGGGGAGCCGAUACAUGGGGUUCAGUGGACAUCCCAGUAAUCGGGAAGGCAUUUAUUCGCCCGUUCCGGGAGCACCACAUUGAUCCGACGGCUAUCACAAGGCAUGACUUCAUAGAGACUAAUGGAGACAACUGCAUGAUCACCAUCCUGCCUCUGGCCCACAUGGCCUAUAAAUUCCUCACCUACCCACCAGAUGCCCUUGCAGAGUCCUACCCCUGGGAAUGUUUUGUUUUUGCGUUGGCGGUUUUUGUAACCAUGACUAAUCAGAUCCACAAGUGGUCCCACUCCUACUUUGGCCUGCCACGCUGGGUCACACUACUGCAGGACUGCCACUUAGUGCUGCCACGGAAACACCACCGGAUCCAUCAUGUGUCGCCACAUGAGACAUACUACUGCAUCACCACAGGGUGGUUGAACUACCCGCUGGACAGAAUGGGUUUUUGGCGGACAUCGGAAUGGUUGAUCGAGAGAUUGACAGGUCAGAGACCACGCAGUGAUGACAUGGCCUGGGCCAAGAAAACCGAGUGACCAGGAAAGCAGGACUGAAGCCCUUCCUCAUCCAUCUUUCCCCCUUUUGAGGGGAAACAGAAACAGAAUAUGAGAAUUACCUCUUAUAUCCCAAAACCUCUCUCCUGUAAUGUUCUCUCCUGUGUCCCUCCAUCUCCCCUAAACCGUCGUCUUCACGGCACAGAACCACAGAGCACUCUUACUGCUGGGGCCUUUUCCUGUCACACGUCUGCUGCACACAAGCCAUCACCUGUACCUCAUCUGCUGGCUUCCUCCUCUGUUUUGUAGAUGUCCACACGCAACGAAAUCGUAGAAAGAUGAGAUAAAGUUUAAAACUGUGGUUUCAAACUGUUGAGAUAAUGACGAGAGACACUUUUCCUCAAUCUCCAUGUACUUUCUGGUUUCGGUGUGUAAAAUGUAUGUAUUCUGGAGGUUGGGCUCUCCAGAGGACCGAAACCAUGUUGUGAUUUUCCCAGCAUGGUUGUCAUGGCAGUGCAUGGAAUGAGAGAAGCAAUUAAAUGUGGAUUUGAUUCCAGAGACU